CAAAAACGUGGAGAGAAGAAUAAACGAAAACGGAGUAAAGGCAACAUCUGGCUGUAGAAAGCGCAUGCUCAAUUUAAUAAACGAAGAUGGAUUGGGGUUCCAUAUCAACUUCAAAACUGGACUUCCUCCACCAGAUGACAUUGUCUCAGGCAGAUUAGAAAUAACAAUGUAGCAAAAGAAGAAACACGUCUCAGAAUCAGCUUCGGUGGCAUUAGAUCUAAGAAUUAUGAGCGACGCCUACGCCUUUCCUGCUUUUGAGAGGACUGUUCGUGACAGUAAAUUUUCCUGGUGGGGUGCCUUUGUGACUGUGGUGAUCAUCGUGUGGAUGUUCUGGAUUGUACUGGAUACCCUUCAGGAAAAAGUGAAUGAGGAGCAUGAGUCUAGUUCCGAAAGAGUGCGAGGAUCGAUGCAGGGAGCUGCGCGGGAACUUGAACGCGGCGACGUCGGUUCUGCGCAGCGUGGAGGGCGCGGUGCUAGCGGCCGAAGAAAAGGUGUGGACAAUUAAGGCUUACCGUAUUUCAUCUUGAGAAGCAUCUCUGGCCCCUUUUUCCAGGGGGAAACAGGUUACAGAUGACUUGCAAGAUGAAUAUCUGUAAGUUCUAAUACAAAUCACAAAGCCGUCUUCGAAAAGUGCUUCCCAGGAAUCAUUCCCGGCAACUGGACCUCAGGCAGCGUACGUAAUGCGGCACGCGACUCAGUGGAGCGGCUCAUUCUGGAACCGCUCUGGCGCCAGCUGCGUGCGCGUGUGGACUACGCGCCUUACGGGGCCGUUGCAGAACACCAUGAAAUUAAGGAAGGAGGUUGAAGAAACAUUUGCAUGUCUAUUUCGUUUCUACAUGCUUUAGCUUUUCUUUCUGAGCUAUAGCUUUUGUUUGUUUGUUUGUUUGUUUGUUUGUUUUGAUGCGCUCCGGGCGACGCGUACGAUCCCGCCGGAUUUCUUUGUGUUGUGCUAUGGUCGUCAUUGCGAUCGACUAUGGUAUGUCUGGCCGCCACAAUCCCCGCCAGCUGCGGCUUUUUGUUUUGCCGUAACUAUCUGCAAAUAGCUGAAGCGUUGUCUCAGCCUGCUUUAAUGAAAAGCGGGAUCUAGCAAAAAAGACCACCAUGGAGCUGCUCUACAUACAACUAGCGCACGUCGAGGAAGUGUUUCGACAAUGCCGCGUGGCUGAAACCAAGCUGCAAAAGCGAAUCCAGCGUCAAGAAAAAGAGGAACGGAAUACGGGAAAUUAUGGAGUACGAGUGGAUAGUCUUAGUCGUCGAAUAAUAUUAUAAGUGAUUGACUACUUACUUUUUUCUUGACGAGUUUGACAUUUACAAAAACGAAAACAAGAAAAUCACCUCAUGGAGGAACCUACAAUUUCUAGGCAUUUCCAUUUUCGUGUCCUGGAUAUUGUUAAGUCUCCCUUAUACUACACGUAAGACUACGUGAGACUCAUGCCAUGCUAACCAAGAAAAUGCUUACAGUAAUACAACGAACUUAAAGUUGAUAGGUAAUAUAUAUUUUUGUUUCAUCAAUUUCUCCCCCCUAGCGCUGUGUGUACGCUGAUUCUUGUUUUUGAGCUCUAAUGCCAGGUGACGCUUGGGCUUGCUGAUAGCGGUGCAGUACAGCGGCUGAAGGCGGAGCGCGUCGGCAUUUGGCAGCCUUGCGUCGAGGAAGGGAAGAGGCUUCAUCAAUUCGUGACACGGUUGCGCGCUUUCCAAGAACAGGUGGCGAAAAAUGCUGACUUUCAGGAACAGCGAGUCACCGCGGUUCCGGCAGUUGUUGCUCGCGCUGUGUGCGAUUUUUACUACUUCGAAUGCAGUUGUGAACUGGAAAAGUUACAUCUGUGGUGGAGCCGAUUCACGCAUUUCCUGGAGCGCAACGCCGAGAUCCGAUCCGCUAUGCUCGAAAAUAGCGACGAAGCUCAUCCAGGAAGCGAUAACAGAGUAGCAGCGAAUGGAGCAUCCCACCGCGGGGAAGAUCGGAAGAACCAAUCGCAGACGAGUAAUCGAGUCUUCGUCAAGAACUUCGAAAAGACACUAGAGGCGCUUGAUAUGCGAAAACAUAGCUUUCUAAAGCAUAUGGACUUCGGACACUCGGAAGUCGAACCAACUACAGGACUAGAAGUGAGAGCAUUCCACAUCGCAACGACGCUACCAGUGGUCGCGAACGUACUACUGCAAAAUAUUUAGGUGAGUGCUCUUCCGUGUAUUGCGCUUCUCAGGUCUUUUGGGAUUGAACUUGCGUCCUGGUGCUACGCUUACGUGAACGUUGAAAGCAUUUCGAUUUUAUAUGACUAUCUGUUUUUAAGUUAAUGUAACCAACCUGUUACUACACUUCUACUGUUCUUCUUCUUGUUAAUGUAUUCGUGGUUGUCGUAAUUAUCCAUAUCCAGGUACUGAGCGAUCUCCGUCGUGCAGUGAACCGUUCGCAGAUGUCGUCGGUGCCGAUGCUGGAAGCAGCCGCGCGAGACCUAGUGCUUGAGCAAAAACGGAAAAGCGGACCCACUGCUUUUUCUGCAUGCUGUACGGAUUUUGAGGCCGGGGAGUGGCUGCUCUCAACAGUUUUAGACCGGUCGGAGGAACAGCGAAAGAAAGAAAAGAAACUUGCAAGAAACGCUAAUGUCGCAACAACGGCCCAGCCAAUGUGGCAAGCGCCAACGCCAGAGGCGCCCUAUGUUUUGCCAACGGUGAUCGAGCCAAAAAGCCAGAUGACGCUGAUACAGGAGCAGCAUGCGCAGUCCGCAGCAGAAGCGGCUUCGGGUGGAAGGAAGGCGAAUGGAAGUGGCACCUCCAACGGAGGCAGAGGAGGGCGCGAGCACCAUGGUGGCUCGGCUCCGUCCUCGGGUGCUGCAAAUCAUCUCCCUAGCGCACAGGGAAAUGGUCACGUUAAUCUAGAGUUGUCUUCACAGCAAAUGAAUAGCAAAGUGCUUGCUGCGAAACAGGUUCAAGGAAAUGGUGGGCCAGUAGAAUCCAAAAAAGGAGCGAGUAGCAAAGCUGGGACUUUGUAUGCGUCGCCGUCGUCUUCGCCAGGGAGCGUUGGCGUAGCCUCAACCAGUGCGCCCGAAAGCAACAUCGAUAGCGCUGGAAACGGCUCGCCUCUGUUUCAGAAAAGCACGCGCACGAAUUCCAAUUCCUCGCCAUCUGCCACAGGGUCCAUAGCAGCAUCUAUAGUUAAUGAUAAGGCUAUAGAGAGUUCAUCUUUUAGGGCGUAGCCCGGCAUCCCUGGAGCGUAUAGUGGCUGAGUAUUCUCAUGGUGAUGCAAUUCAAGCUCAAGGAUGCAGAUCAAAGAUGAAUAAUGGGCAGCCCUAAUACAGGAGGAAGCAAGAUGAAAGGGAGUCAGGAACCAGCGACACAUCGAGGUGUCGUUGUUGGCUCAUCUCCCGCGAAAUCGUCACGGGGCAUCAACGCAUCGCUACCGCCUUGGCGUGAGCUCUUGCUAGACCCGAGCAGCAGCUCGAAAGACGACCUCGCGGCGGAAGCGAUUCGCAGAAUCGACAAGAUUCAAGCCAUCUUCGUAGAGUUUCCGGGCAGCCUGAAGAAGCGAAAACUGGGACCGCAAUCCCUUGUGCACAAGAUGCUCGGAGCAUCUUCUUCACGCGACUCCUCUUGGCAAGCGGUAAUCUCUUGGCUAUCUGGGCAAUCUGAAGCGGUCCUAGAGCUUCUAGACGAACCUGGAGACCGCAAUGUGGCUGAGCGUUUCUGUAAUCAAUGGGUUGCCGGUGGAAAGGGGGUGCCAGCGUCCGCACUGACCCAGCUUCACACACGACUCGCGGAACAAGUGCAAAGCGUAGACGUGGCGGCACCCGAUGCGAACACAGAGGACUUGGGUGCAAUGCGCGAACUCAAAGGCCUGCUGGCUUUCCUCGGGUCUCCAGCCUAUCGACACUCCAUGGUACACGAACUGCUCCAAGCGCAUGGACUCUUUGGGAAGUUCUCAACACUCGAGAAUAAAGGCCGGGCGAUGGUAUUUGUAAAAAGGGUAGGAGGUAUGAUGUACUACCAUCGAGAGUGGCAUCCCUGCCCAUGAGAUCAUAAUAGCCACCACAACGACAACGAGCGCAUCAGGAUCAUGCUUGUAGGUAUUACAUAUUGUUCUGAGUUUUGGGAUCAUCAGACAAUAUGCUUGUCUGUAUGACAAAACAGGACAGUGACCUCGCUUCGGUGACUAGCGAUGAAGAGGUCGAUCCGCAAACCGGUAGAAAGCGUGGCGGCAUCCCUGCGUUCCAGGAACAGUCCGCGGGAAGCCACGCGUUUUCAGACGUACUUGCGCGCAAUCGACCUAGUGUGGACGGAUCUGAGGCACCAGCAUACCUAUUGGAGGAUCCGAACAAGAAGAAGGCACGACCAGAGACACCACCGGAAGAAGCGCAAACGACAGCAAGGAGCGCUCGGAGCCGUCCAGGAUCUCAGGCAGCCUCAAUGGCCAGCUUGCCUCGAGCUCCUUCGAUUAAUGGUACAACAUUUUCUUACCUGAGUCCAAAUGGAAAUAGUCGCUGUCGAAUUUUCAUUUUAUACCUGAGUCCAAAUAGUCGCUGUCGCAGGAUAUCCGACACAAGGAAAAUGACUGGUGGUGGUGUGUAAGCUAAGUGUAUCAUGCAAAAUAUUUGGAUCAUGAUCAUACAUAGAUUUUUCGAUCCUAUAUUAGUACUAAAAACGUUUAACUGGGACUGGGUGAACCGACCAAUGCAUCAAUUGGUUAGUAAAAACCUCUAAGCACCCCAUAAUUCGCAUAUCCGUAAACUUUUAUGCACGACCAGGCACACCACCGGCAACUCCGCCAGAGGGUGCCACGAAGCCUGGUUUCUUGAAACCACGGAAGCUUCUAGAGGAGCCCCCACCCAAAGGGCGGCCCGUGCUGCCGCCGAUACUGAUGGAGGAGCUUCGUGUCAUGAACGCUGAUGAUUGAUGAGGGAUGUUGACAUGCGGAGUAUUGUUGUUAUUGUUAAUAUUCUCGCUGUCGGUAUACGCUAACACUAAUAUAUAAAUUCGUCUUCACGAAACGAGUAAAAUUUGAAUUGUUGUGGUUGUUUUGGCACUUCCUCUAAUGACAAAAGAAGAGAUUCUCAUGCAAAUUGCAUUAGCAUUUGUCGUAAAGAACGUACUAUGUUGCAACUGAUAUUGACACUGUACUUUGCUAAAGAAGAUGAAAUUGCCACGCUGAUUAUUCCUCUACGCGAGGAGCUGAGCCUGCGAAUUCUCCUCAUUCCUUUGAUAUUUUUCAAAAGGGGCACCAUGUACAACAUGGGACGCUGCCUCUGCUGCAGGAGAC